AUGUGGGCCGCGACCCCUGGCGAGACGCACUCACCGCCACCCUCCGGCUUGGUGAUACCGAUUGUGAUUUGGGGAAAGACGCCGCCAAAACACAAAAUAACGACAGUACGUCUGCUCUCCGAUAGAGCAACGGUCGUGACAGGAGGAGAAAAUGGACACGUUAUUGUCUGGAAACUCCAAGUCGAUGCGUUAUGUCCUCACCUUCUUCUUGUCGGCCAUGGUUCCGCUAUCACCGCUUUGUCUUCAGCCAGCUUAUCUUCGAAUUCAGCGAGAUUCAUUUCGGCGAGUGAAGAUGGGCAACUAUGUCUGUGGGAUUGGCUAGAUGGGCGAUGCAUUGACAAUGUCGUGGGCUCUCAUGUUCACCGACAGAUGCAGCCAUUGUCCUUUAAAUCGUCAUCUCGUGCACAAAUGACAAGGCUAGUUUGCUCGGGAGACUAUAAUGAUUUUCUCGUUCUUGAUCCACAGGAUUUGACGCCAGUAUUUUCGAUUAGCUCUCGUGUCGAUGCAGAUAAAAUCAUGGCCUUUUCGUUAAUGAAGCGAUCAAAUCGAGCUGAGCAGCUGUUGGGAGUAUCAGCAAAUGGAAUCUUAAAAGUAUGGUCUUUAAUGGAACUUGACAAAAAGGAUGCGACAAAUCCUCUUUUUGAUGAUGAACUUCGAAGAUUGGACUUAAGUGCGGUCAAUACAAUUUCCUUUUCACAAGUGAACGAGAAAAUCGCAUUGAUUGUUUCUAUGGAUUCGUGGAGAAUAAUUGAUCUCGAUGAUUUUUCGGUCCUCGGCUGCUAUAAGACCACUUCACCCGCAACUUGGGGUCAAGUGAUGGAAGUUGACAAGAUUGCAAUUGCUUAUUUGGAUGGUAGCGUUCGAAUUUUCCAAAUGCCCCUAAAAUCUCUAAAUGGCGCCCAAAUAAUUUCGCAAUUUGGUCCGAAUCGACAAAACUAUUUCAAUAUGGAUCAACCAUUCGAGAUUGCGAUACUUGAAGGCAAAAAAGCAUCCGUCAAUGCAACAAAGUUGGCCGAUCCGUUUGUCUUCAGUUUUUCUCUGCAAAAAGAUGAUAUAACAGCAUGGCAGGUUAUUCGUGCAUCAUUUGAUGGUGAUUUGUUAUCUUGGUUAGUGCCGCGUUAUGGUUCGACGUUCAUUGAAAGAGUUUCGAGUUUGGAUCAGUUGCCAUUAAAGUAUAAAGGAACGUUUUGCGAAAGUUUGGAUGCAAUUUGGCAAGCUUUGAAUGAAACACCAAACUCACCCCUUUCUGAGCUGGAUCAAUUUGAAGUUACAACUUCGCUUUAUGUUGCAAGUCAAGGAAAAUUAUUACUUGGGCGAACUAAUGGUGAUAUUGUGAUGACAUAUGCGUGUGAUACUUUAUCUCGUCAAUUACUGGACAUAAACCAAGAACGACAAAAUCCUCGAAUAUUGCAUGGGCAUGCCGGCGCAGUGAGGGCGUUGAUAUAUCCAUUUGAACAUAGCUCUCGCUUUGAUGUACAAGUAUUGUUAUCUGGAGGUGACGAUUUUUCUGUGAUUGUUUGGAAUAUCAAUACGGCGGUUCGAUUAUACAAGUUCUCCGUGCAUGGAGGCCCGGUGAUGCGCUUUGUGGUUCCACCGGCAAAUUGUUCUAAACAAACCUUAAAAUGUAUUGGUGCCAUAUCGAGCGACAACGCGGUGGCUUUAUUGAACAUUCGCGAUAUGAAGUGCACACUCCUCGCCAGUCGACAUCCUUGCAAAGUCAUUGAUGUAAAGUGGCGUCCUUUGGAUGACUAUAUGCUGAUUCGACUUGAAAAUGGACAUAUUUACAUUUGGCAAAUUGAAACAGCAAGCAUUGAGCGAAUUGUUUCCGGGCCACAGGGUGACGAUAUUUUUAUGGCAUGUGAUGAACAAAUCGGUGUGGCUGAGGGAUCCGAUGAAGCGGGAGCUACUCAAGCCGUGCAAUUGAUACGAGCACUGAAACAUCGGAAUAUCGACGCGGCUAAGCGUGUUGGAGCUGGAUCUGGUCCUGGAUCUUCCGGACUUAUGUCCUCAAAUCGUGGCGGGAAUGCGAUAUUUGCACCAAUGUCUGUUCAGACGCUACCAAAAUCGGAUUCUGGUGCUCACAUUAUUCUUUUCGAGGUUGCUUCAUUAAUUUAUGGUUUAACAUCGAUUGAUGCUGUUGAGGACACGACAUCUGAUCCAAAGUCUAUAUCACAAUUGAUGAGUAAAUCGGAAAGUCAAGAUACGGCAGUAGCUGGGCUUUCUCGUCGACUGACUUGGCAAUUUGAGAGCAAUUUGUAUUUGGAUAUUGCAAGGCUUCUGUUAUCUUGCCUUCAUGCCUGGGAACUCGACGCCGAUCUUGAUGCAGUUUGUCUAAAGAAACUUGGUCUUCACAAGCCAAAACAUCAAUUGUUCUAUGGAAAUCUCUCUCGACAAGGAUACAUGGCUGUCGUUAUCCCGGCAAGAACUCGAUCGUCAUUUUCAACUUUCGCAACGGAUAUUCGCUGGCAAGCGAGCCAUUCUUUAACAACGAUACAUUUGCUUUCUGUUAUCUCAACUGCAAAUACUCUGAUGUCGAUGCGAAAUUCAUCGCUUCAGCUCAAUAGACGCAAAAGCAAUGUGCAUCCAUUAAAGCGAACCCCAAGCAAAGAUAGCAUGAGCGGAGAGCGCCAGCAAAUGAAGCAAGGAUGGUCGUUGCUUGCUGCGAUGCAUUGCGUUAUGUUGCCUGACAAUGUUCGACCAAAGUCUUCAUAUGCAGCCCCUCGUAUAGAACUAUUAGCAAGAAGGUGGCAGGAUGGCUGUCUCGAAAUUCGAGAAGCUGCGCAAGCUCUUUUGAUUCGUGAACUGAACCGGCUUGGAGUUAGUGGGCGAAAAAGAUUAAUCGAGAGCUGGGCUCCAUUUUUGCCAACUUUGCUUGAUCCUUCUUUGUCAAUAUUUGGAACUCGUCAAUCGAUUAAUCCAAUGGCGCCUUCGACACCAAUGCUUAUUGCCACGACCCAAGCGGCUCCACCGCCAAUUCCUCCACGAUCCAACAGGCAGCCACUACCGCAAGUGCCUAUACCAGAGCCAUCACAUGUUGAGGAGAGCGACAAUGGGGUUCAGCAGGUACGACGAAAUCAAGCGACAUCUAUUAUUUUACUGGGUGUUGUCGGCUCCGAGUUUGGCGAAGAAUUAAACAAAGCCGAAUUGACGCGAGCAACCGCUAUUUCACUACUCGAGCUACUUGUUUCUCCACCAUCGACGUUGCUUCCUGUACAUUCACCUUUAAGACGUGCUGCGAUUGAUUUGCUCGGACGAGGCUUUGUUCAAUGGGAACCUCAUCUUGAAAUUAGCAAAGUACUACUUGGACUUCUGGAUCUUGCUGCCAAUGCGGAAAAGCAUAGCACGUUUAGCAACUCUGGCCAACUGUCACCACUUGCGGAUGCUUGCCGAACUGCCCGACAUGCCUUAUCGUUGAUUGCCAAUGCUCGACCACCAGCCAUGCUUACUGCGCUUUCAAUGGAGGUUGCACGUUAUAACGCCGCGGCGCAACAUCAAACAAUUCAACACACCGUUGUAUCACCUCUUCUAAAGUCAAGAACAGAGGUUCUCCGAAUUAUCGAGGAGCUAUCCGAUAAACAGUACGUAUCGAUGGUCGAAAUGAUGUUGCCGGUUGGCGACGUUUUGGUGCACUGCUUGGAUACAUCAUUGCUUAAGCACAAAACAUUGGCUGAAGUAUUUCCACCAAUUACUAGAUUUUAUAUGAUUGGCUACUGUGCGACUACUCGAAGAAUUGCAUUUGGUGGACGAAAUGGUAUUUGUAUUGUUCAUGAGUUGCGAUCCGCCAAGGCACAGAGUUUACAAGCUCAUCAGGGCCCGGUGGCUGCUGUUGCCUUCUCUGAAGACGGAAAGUAUCUUGCCACUUAUGGAUCACAAGACGGAAAAAUCAACUUUUGGCAGACGUCUCAAAGCUUUCUCGGAAUGGGCCAAUCUCAAAUGCGGUGCACAAAAACUUUGGCAGCACCCGCUUUGCCGAGUGUUUUGUCACCAGGAGGUCAAUCCUUCCGUUCACGACUGGUUUGGAUUAAUACAAAAGCGCUGACGUUAAUGUUACCGGAAGGGCGAGAACAAAGGUUUACCGUU